CUCGGCGGCGGUCGCGGAGGGAGGCGGGCUGGGUCCCAGAGGCGCGGCCCCAGAUCCGCAGAGGGCCCGCGGGCCGCCGUGCUGCGCAACCGAGGAGCUCCAGUCCGCGACGGCUGCUCGCGCAGCCCCAGAGAGAAUUGUGGACGAGGCCGGGAGGAGACGGCAGGCGCGGCCCCCUCCAGCGGCCACGCCCGGAGCAAGGCAGAAGAGAAUGAAAGAAGUAGAUAAUCUUGAAAGUAUAAAAGAAGAAUGGGGUUGUGAAACAGGAUCCGACAGCCGGCCUGUUAGUGAGAACCGACAAACGACUUGUGAAUCUUUUGUUGACAGCCUUUUUGAGGAGGCUCAGAAGGUCGGUGCCAAAUGCUUGUCUCCCAGCGAGCAGAAGAAGCCGGUAGAUGUAAGUAUAAAAUUAUGGAAAAAUGGAUUCACGGUCAAUGACGAUUUCCGAAGCUAUUCAGAUGGUGCAAGUCAGCAGUUUCUGAACUCCAUCAAAAAAGGGGAACUGCCUUCGGAGUUGGAGGGGACUUUCGAUAAAGAGGAGGUGGACGUGAAAGUGGAGGAUAAGAAACACGAAGUGUGCGUGUCCACAAAGCCCGUGUUCCAGCCCUUCUCGGGGCGGGGCCACCGCCUGGGGAGUGCCACACCAAAAAUUAUUUCUAAAGCAAAAAGUAUUGAAGUUGAGAAGAAAAAUAAUUUGUCUCUUGUCCCACUAAACCACCAGGAACCCAUCACUAGUGUACAGAUCUGGCUAGCCAGCGGGAAAAGGAUUGUUCAGAAAUUUAACAUGUCUCAUAGGAUAAGCCACAUCAAAGACUUCAUUGAAAAGUACCAAGGAUCUCCGAGGAGCCCUCCUUUUUCCCUGGCGACCGCCCUUCCUUUCCUCAGAUCUCUAGAUGAAACACUCACGCUGGAAGAAGCCCGUUUACAGAAUGCUGUCAUCAUUCAGAGACUCCAGAAAACCACCGAACCUUUUAGAGAACUCUCAUAACAUUGGUUUUUGAAACACUUUAAGUGGAAAGUUUGCAGAGAAAUGACGGUUGUACGUGGACCUGCAAACCAGCAUGGGGCAGAGUCGGGUUUGCUGGACUGUGGGUUCGAGUCCCAUUUCUUUCCUUCCGGAUGAGAAGAUUUUCAAGUAAGUACAAGUGAGGAGAGUAAACUAACUGUGGCUGGAAACCGUAUUCAGGGCACUGUCUCCCGAAGGCUACUCAGAAAAAUAUACUUAUUUUUAAAUACCAGUGACCAACAUAAGAUAUAUAAAAAGACUGUGUCAUUUAGCAUCUUAAUGUGGUACAGAUCAGCAGGUGUGUUCACAGUAUCGUCCAUUUAAACAUCAUCCCCGAACAGCAGUGAUUUAUUUGUUAGCUGUCUCCGAAUUUUUGAAUGGCCAUACAUUAGAAAUCACACGUGGCGGGUGGAAAGCAUCCGUGUGGUUACGUCACACCUGAGACGCAGUCGGAAGGCUGGAAGGAGUCGCUCUCACUGCACCUGUGCCUCACUGUGUUCUCGUUUGAAUUCUCUGAUGGUAAGAUGUUCACCUGACAAUCGUACCCAAGAUGUUUUUUCCUGUAAGAAUAAAAAUCUGCAGCUUAGUAAAAAUGUCAGUAUUGAUCCGCCUACUCACAUUUCUACGUUUUUGAGAAAUGUAAUUUUUAAAAAUCCUUUUCUCUCCAAGAACCCGUUUAUCCCCUAUUUUAUUUUCCUUCAAAAACGAGAGACUUGUUCUUAGCUUACAUGUGGAGUAAGUCAUUCGUUUGAGACUAGUUAGAACCUCAUGUGGUGUUGUCACAUUGCUAGUUAAUAUUUUUAAAUACAUCAUAUACUGUGUGGUUUUUCUGUUCUGUACGUUAGAGUCAAACCUGUGUAUGCAUCAGAGGGUCAUUUAUUUCAUUUUGAUAUCACCAGGGAAAACACCCUUUUUUCUUAGAAUUUAAAACUGGUUAGACGUCCACUAUUUCACUGUUGGAUUGAAUUCCCUCGCCCAAAAGCUAAGUUUAGGAAGCUUUUGUGCAAACGAUGUGUCGAAUCACAUUGAAAGUGAAGAACCCCUUAGUGCGCCGAGGAACUGAGCAGCUGCAGCUGCGCCGGUCAGCAGCGGUGGUCACAGGGCGCCGGGUCUCUGCCGGGGAGAGUAAUUCUCAAACUUUUUGGCCUCCAGACCUUUUGUGGAUGUGGGUUAUAAAUAUAUUAAAAAUUUUUAUCAAAUAUUUAUUCCUUUAAAAGUAAUAAACAUGUUCAUAUAAACAUUAUUAUGAAAAAAAAUUCUAUUUUCCGAAACAAAACUAAAAAGAUUUAGCGAGAAAAGUGGCACUGUAUUCUGUUUUUGCAAAUGUCCUUCCCGUCUGACGUAACGAAGACAGACGGACCCCUGCGUCUGCUUCUGCGUCCAAUCUGUUCUGACAUCACACGUCGCGUGGCUUCCCGUCAGCGCUGCCGUACGUUCAUGAGAAGAUGAGCAAAACAAGUAACGUCUUAGUGUGGCUGUGAAAAUAGCUCUGACCUUGUGGACCCCUGAAAGGGCCAUUCUGACAGAGCAGUGAUUCUCAGGCCCUGGUGUAAGAAUCGCUUGGGAAGCCGUUCAGAAUGCCUAUUCCCGCUUCUCACCACGGACACUCUGACCCAUCGGAUCGGGGACGAAUCCCAGACCUCUGCACUUUUCAUCGCACUUGAUGCUUAGGUACGGAGUGGAAGAAUGGGCCUCCAGGAAACCCUGCACGAAAGCCCCCCCACCCCACCCCUAAGAAAACAACGCCCUGUGUCACCACGGACCGUCGAAGACCCUCCCCUGAAAUGGGGCUGCCCAUCCUCCAGGUUUUAUCUUCGUCCGCCAGUUUGUUCUUAGACCCGUUCCCCUUUGACUCUGAACUAAUCAUGAAGUAAACCUACACUUUAUCUUCUAAAAGCACAGCCAAGACAAGGCCGGAACAUUUACAUGAGCUUUUUCUUAAAGGCCCAGGGAUAACAGAAGGGCAGUGCUCACACAGAACUGGAUGACCUGUUCCGUAAGACACAUCUUCUGUGUGAGGUCCACCUGAAGAGUGCUUUCUUUCUCGCUCCCAGCCUUCGGGAUGGCAGAGGCCUGUCUUUCUGUUAGGAAGAGAGGGAGGAUAAAGGAAAGUCUUUUCCUUUUGUUACUUUCAGAAAUGAACAGGCAUGUAAUUGAAAAUAAAUAUUACCAGUGACGUUCACAGUUGUGGUAGAGCCAUCUCUCCAAUAAAACAAAAAUAGUGACAUUUUUAAAAAUAAUGAGGGGACAGUAAAAUCCAUGAACUUGUCUUUCAUAUAAAGUAACAUUAAGGUGAUUAUUAAUAUAUUUUCAAGAGUAUGUGAAAAAAUGUUUCGUAUAGACCUAUCAUGAAGCAUUUUAUAAUUUCUACUUGCAUGAUUGUAGUCAUUAUGUGAUUCUCCAUGUAUUUCUAUAAAGGGUCCUCUCAUGGGGAAUAUUAUUUGCCUUGCACCUAUAGAAAAGCGUCUUUCGUGGGGUUCCAGUUUAUGAUUAUGUAGCCAGAAGCCACAUGGGAGGUUUGCCCGUGUCCAUGUAGAAAACCCUCCAGUGAGAGGUUCAGUAGGGAAGGACCUGCCACCAGCAAUAACCUUCAUUUCUGUUACCUGCAAAAACGUUCAUUGAUGUGAAUACUAUCCUCAGAGGUUUUCUAAAAUUAGAAUCAUCGGAUGAAGCUUUUUACCUGAAAUCAGUUGCCCAUUGUAAAGGUGUUCAUUAAAUGUAUAGAAUAUUCAAAACAUGUUGAUUUUAGAAAACAUAAACUGAAUUUAUCAAGGGAAGGCGAAAUGGAAAAUAAACAUCUUAGGUGUGAAAUAUAAUUUGAACUAAGUAGUUCAAAACGGUUUUCAGUUUCUUGAAAAUCGCUAUUAAGGCCAAUACAUAAACAUACAUUUCUAAUUUUGAGAUUCUAAUGUAUUAGUUAAAUUACUAUGCAUUAUCCAGGUUAUAAAAGUGAUCUUAUUUAUUUUAUAUACUUCUCUCAUUCAGAAUACUUUUUACUACAUUUCAUUGUGCUGAAAAUAUGGUAUUCAUGCAUCUAUUUUAGUGCCUUAAAAUACUUUGAAAGCAAUCCUUUAGUAAUGGUUAAAGAACUGUUGUCUUAAGGGUGAAAUACUGUUUAUUAAAGGAUCUGUGAAAUAAUUUAUACUUGUUUGGUCUAAAAUAGUUACAUGCAGGUGCAUUUGUCAUUUUUAUUUGGCAAACUCGUUCAGUUUGAGAAUCUACAAAUAUUUAUCGGGUGCCUUCUGUUUGCCAGGUACUUUGACCAAUGUUACUUUUGCUUAAUACUCAGAGGUGUUAGAAUGUGAUAUUUUUAAUACUAACUCGGUGGUUGUGUUUAUUUCUUAUACCACCCUUUGUGACCCGAGUUGAACUAGCAUGAAGACUCCAUGGUAGGGUUUACUCAUGUGUUCUUUGUCUAAGUGCAAACUGUUUAAUUAAAAAACUGUUCAUCACAGUAAAUAUUCCAACAGCAGUGCUUUAUUCAAUAGACUUGUAUUUGACUGUUUGCUUUAAAUGUAUUUUUGCACAGGUAAUUCGUACACAUUGUAGAAAUUAUUAAAUGCAGGUAUGCUUAAAUGAUCUUUAAAUCACUUAUUAUUCCACCACUCAAGAUAACAUUUUGAUGUGCAUCCUUUCAGAUAUUUUUAAGUAUAUCAAUCUUUAGUUUUGUUUUCAUUAAAAAACAGGCUUUUCGGUUAUUAUACUGCUAAUUUUUGAAAUCUAACAUCCUUGUUUUUAACAGGAAAUUGCAUUAGGUACAUCCACUACUUUAAGUACAAGAAUAGCUGUUAGGGACAAAUGCCUUUUAUAUUAAUUACAUUUUUGUGCAACA